AUGGUGGUCACCGCUGAGAAGCGUGAGUCUACUGUUUCAGACACGUCAAUCUCGAUCACCGCCUUUGGCGAAGAUAUGAUCUCAGACUUCGGCAUUCAGGGCGCCGACGAACUUGUCAAUUUCAUUCCAGCGACCACGCGCGAUGCCUACGAUAUUCGUAUUCGUGGUGUGGGACGCAACUUCCGUGCAGUCGGCGGUGACCCGGGGGUUGCUACUUACUACAACGGCGUUUAUUCCGAAGAUUUCGGCAUUGCCGCGUCGGAGAACGGUCUUUACGACAUCGCUCGGAUCGAAGCACUACGCGGCCCCCAGGGCACACUGUAUGGACGCAACUCGAUUGGCGGCGCGUUGAACUACAUCACCAACAAACCCACCUACGAGUUUGAAGGUGAGUUGAAGGUACUCGGCGGCAGUCUUGGCGCGCAGGAAUACUACGGCGUUCUGUCAGGUCCCAUCAUCGAUGACAAACUGGCUUACCGAAUUGUCGGCGUGAAUCGCGACCGCGAUGGUUCCCAAGGCGGCUUGGCCGGCAGUGAAGACAUCAACAGCAUUCACGACUCUAACUAUUCAAUUGCGUUGCAAUGGAAUAUCGCAGAUAACUGGGAAGCCAAUGUGCGCUGGAAUGAUCGAUCUUCAGAUCGCAUUAUUGGCAUGUCUUCGGUCGUGGCAGAAGGCGUCGCUGGCGAUCGCUCCGCACGCAACACAGAAAACUACGCUCGUGGCAUCCGCCCGGUUGACGCAACAACCCCUGGCGCAAUCCCAUUCACACACCCUGUUACCGGCGAAACCCUUUAUGGGGGCUAUCAUCGCCCUGGCGUAGAUAUUGCUGACUCGUUUGUGCCUAACCCUGGAUUCGGACGCGGUGGUCUCGGCCUAGCGUUAGAUCCGGAUAUUGAAGAUCUCAAUGCAAAGGUUGCCAACAAUGGCGACAACUUCGAAACCUUCGAUCAGAACGGCAUCCAGUUUGAUCUCACCUGGGAUCUGAGCGAAACCACAGCCCUCAAGUACCUCGGUGGCUGGUCUGAUUUCGACUAUUUGUUUGAUAUCGACCUGGACUACACCAACGGCACUUUUGCGCAACCGCGACAAACCGUUACAGAAUCCGUAGAAACCUACUCUCACGAGUUACAGUUACUCUGGCAGAUCGGUGAAAACCUUCAGUUAACGAGCGGCCUGUACUACUUCCACGCCAAUCGCGUGCAAAACUAUGCGUUCCGCGAUGUGGAAAGCCAGGGCCGUUUCCUGAACCCUGCCAACUAUGGCGCUUUUGAUCCCUUCCUGCCGGCCACACAUACGCGACGCGGCGCUGCAGCUGUCGGCACCCAGGUUAUUGGUCGCUGGGAAGGUGAUCCUACCGGCGCCUGGUACGAAUACUGGAACGAAAUCGACACGGAUGCUUACGCGGUUUACACCCAGGGCACAUACACUUUUAACGAAGAAUUUGCCCUGACCGUGGGUGUUCGUUGGGCAUUAGACGAAAAAGCAGCGUUCGAAGAUCGAACCGGCUACUUUGAAUUAAACCCAGCCGCAUUCGGGACCACUCUCACGGGCGCCAACAUUGCAAUGGGUAACGGCACCUUCUCAGGCGAUCUGGCCAAUCCACUCACACCUGUGUGUGAUCUGACAGACACAACCUGUACUACACCUGUGCGACUGCAGGGUAUUCCAUACUCAUUUGCCGAUGCUGCAAAAGGUGAUGACGACUGGGGUGAUGUCUCUUUCCGUGUGAACCUUGAUUGGACGCCAAAUGAAAACACACUGGUUUACGUCUCGGCGACCACCGGUUACCGGGCAGGUGGAUACUCUUUGGGCAUAGGUGACUCGCGUGCGCCUUCCGCAUCAGGUUUCGGCGGCAUUGUGCCCUCGACUUAUGACCAGGAAGAAGUGUUUGCAACAGAAAUAGGCUACAAGGCCACAUUGCUCGAAGGCCAGUUGCAGAUCAAUUCAUCUGUCUACAUGUACCAAUAUGAUGACUACCAGGAUCGCAUCGAGAUUUUCAAUGCGUCAUCCGGCUUGGCUCAAGACCAGGUGCUGAACAGCGAUGACGUUGAGAACAUGGGUGUAGAGGUAGAAUUCACCUGGUUGCCAACAGAUGCGCUGACCCUGGGUGGCAACGUGAGUUACACCAAGACCGAAUACAAGUCUGACCUGUUCGUUCUGGAAGACGACAAUCCAGCUUUCCCUGUGCAGAUCUUCAAUGACACAGCAGCGGGGGGACGUGAUGAGUUCCUGGCGCAGAAUCUGAAAGGCAAUGACCUGAAGCGCAUUCCAGAAUGGAAGUACACUUUGUGGGCAUCUUAUCAAUGGCUGUUCGAAGCGGGCUCUCUGACAGCAGGCGCCACGUACUCUUACACAGGCGAGUACGCCUCUGAGGGUAUCAUCCGCGACAUUGAUGAGAACCCAGCCAGGGACCGCCUCGACGUCUCUGUCACCUGGCGUGACAAUAGAGACCAAUGGGUAGUGCGCGGUUUCGUAGACAACGUGAUGGACAAGGUCUACUCACGCGGAAUUACGACACAAACGGCAAGCAACGACUACCGUCAGCUGGCUCAGCCUCUGUAUCCACAGUUCUACGGUCUGGAAGGGAAAUACAUGAAUGCCAUGACGCUGGAAUGGGCCAUCGAACACGGCAUGCUGGUGGCUUUACACGCCGAGCAGCAGCCACAGAACCCGGCGGUGAUCACGCAGUAUGGUGAACGCUCAUUUGCGGAGUUAAACGCUAACGCCAAUCGGUUGGUGCGGUUGUUGGCGCAGCACGGCAUUGGUCCCGGUGACUCUGUUGCCAUUGUCACCAAGAACCGACCUGAAUUUAUCGAAACCCUGGUUGCGACAACCCGCAGCGGCAUUCGCUUCACCCCGAUCAACUUUCAUUUAAAAGGCGAAGAGAUUGGUUACAUUGUGGACAACUGUGAAGCCAAAGCAUUUGUUGCGGAUGCCAGUUUAGGACAACCGGUUAUCGAAGCACCCAGCCACGCCUCCGGCGCGCACCUGCUGCUCAGUGUUGGCGGCGAGAUCGAAGGCUUCACCGAUUUUUCUGCCGCAAUUGCCAACCUAGAUGGCGACAACAUCGAGCAGCCCGAGCUUGGCUCACGCAUGUUGUACACCUCAGGCACUACCGGCCGGCCGAAAGGCGUGUACCGCAAAGCAAAGCUGUUGGAAGUACCGCAGUGGGGUGACACUCCAGCAGCCUACACACCAGGACAGGACCGCGGCCUGGUUACCGGACCAGGCUAUCACGCGGCACCUUUGCUCAUCGACAUCGUGCAACCGCUAUGGUCUGGCGUAGGCAUCGUUAUGAUGGACAAGUGGGAUGCUGAAGAAUGCCUGCGCUUGAUCGAAGAACACAAGAUCACCCAUACACAUAUGGUUGCUACCAUGUUUCACCGCAUGUUAGGUCUGCCGGAAGACACCCGGACAAAAUACGAUCUUUCGUCACUCAAGUUUCUCAUUCACGGCGCAGCACCCUGCCCUGUACAUAUCAAACACGCCAUGAUCGAUUGGUUUGGACCGAUCAUCUGGGAGUACUAUGCCGCGACAGAGGGUGGCGGCGGAUUCCUGGUGGGAUCUGAAGAGUGGUUGACUAAACCCGGCACAGUAGGUUGUCCUGGCCCUGAAUUUGAUAACAAAAUACUCGACGAUGACGGCAACCCCGUAGCCAUCGGCGAAAUCGGUACAAUCUAUAUGCGCGCGCCGGAAGUGUCCCAGGGCCGCUUUGAGUAUUACAAAGACAACAACAAAACCAGCAAGUCUUAUCGGGGUGAUUAUUUCACGCUUGGUGAUAUGGGCUAUUUUGACGAGGAUGGCUACCUGUUUCUCACCGGCCGCAGCGCGGAACUGAUUAUUUCCGGGGGUGUGAAUAUCUACCCUCAGGAAGUAGACAGCGAGAUUCACAAACACCCGGCCGUUGUUGAUGUCUGUACCAUCGGCGUACCCAAUGACGAAUGGGGCGAAGAAGUAAAAUCUGUGGUGCAACUGCACGAUGAUGUUGAACCCAGCCAGGCUUUAACCGAUGAAUUAAUCACCUGGGCUAGAGAGCGACUUGCUAACUUCAAGUGCCCGCGCAGCAUUGAUUACGUGAGCGAGUUACCUCGUUCUGCUGCAGGCAAAAUCCAUUUUGCCAACGGGCACCCUCUGGAUCAAUACCACUGGUUGCAGAACAACGCGCCCGUGUAUUGGCACGAAGAACCCGACGGACCCGGCUUCUGGGCGCUCACCCGUUAUGAAGACGUCGCUGACGUCGGUCGUCAGCCACUGCUGUAUUCAUCUGAACCAACCGUUAUGUUGCCAGACCCGGACCCUGCCAAUGGCGAUCUGGGCGGCGGUGAGCAUAAAAUGAUGCUGAUGAUGGACCCGCCCCAGCAUACACAGUUUCGGCGCAUCAUCAGCAAGGAGUUCACCCGAGGCCCGGCUGCAGCCCUGCGUCCACGCAUUGCCGAGCUCGCCGCGCAGAUCAUUGACCCAAUCAUUGAACGCGGCGAAUGUGAAUUUGUCAGCGAAGUGGCUGGCGAGCUGCCGUCAUACGUCAUUGCUGAGCUGACCGGCAUUCCGCUGGUGGAUGGACGCGAGCUGUAUAAACUGACGGAGAUCAUACACACCGCACCGGAAGCAUUGGCACCUGGGGAACAGUUAGACACUGUCACCAAAAUGUUUGCCUAUGCUCAGGAUGUUUAUCAGCGCAAGCUGGCUAAGCCGACCGACGACCUGGCGAGCCAGAUUGUGCAUGCAGAGGUAGAUGGUCGCCGGUUGGAUGCCAUCGAUUUCCAGCUGUUUUUCAUGCUGCUGAUUGAUGCCGGUGGCGAUACCACCAGAAACCUGGUUGCAGGCGGGCUGUAUGAGCUGAUCAGAAAUCCCGCUGCACUGGCCGACUGGCAGGCACACCGAGGUGAUGAUCUCGACACCUCCGCGCGGGACGAGCUCCUGCGCUUAGUCAGCCCGGUGAUUUACUUUCGUCGCACAGCAACACGAGAUGUAGAACUGCACGGCCAACAGAUAAAAGCUGGCGAUAAAGUUGUACGCUACUUUGGUGCCGCCAACUACGACCCAGCCAAAUUCGAACAACCCGACCAGCUGAAUUUACACCGCUUCCCCAACGAGCAGAUUGCGUUUGGCACGGGUACACAUGUGUGCCUGGGCCAACAUAUUGCAAGAGUUGAAAUUGACUGCAUCUUUCACGAAAUUCUGUCGCGCAUGCAUAACUUCCAGCUUGCGGAAACACCUGAGUGGCUCGCGUCCAAUUUCAUCUCCGGCAUCAGACACAUGCCGAUAACCUUCGAAAAAGGCGGCAUCGCCCUACCCUUUACCCCGCUGGCACUCUCCGCCUGCUCUGGCGGCAGCGGCGCAGACAAUAUGUAUCUGCAGAAUAACUUUGCCGGGGUCGCGGAUGAAACCACUGCGACAAGUCUGCAGGUCACUGGCUCCAUCCCGGCAGAUCUCAGCGGUCGCUUUCUACGUAAUGGACCUAAUCCUGGCGCUGACGUUGAUGCUGGCUCGUACCAUUGGUUCACCGGCCGCGGCAUGGUCCAUGGCCUGCGCCUGAACGAAGGCAGAGCCGAGUGGUACCACAGCCGUUUUGUGGGUGGCAGCGCCGCCAACACUAACGUCAUUGGUCACGCUGGUCGCACCCUGGCCAUAGUUGAAUCUGGCGGCUUACCUCAGGAUAUGAGCUACACCCUGGAUUCCCUGGGCGACAACACGUCUAUCGGUACUGGCUAUACCGCGCACCCUAAACUCGACCCGGAUACCGGCGAAUUACAUGCCAUUUGUUACGACUGGGCAUCAUUACGCGAUCACGUGCGUUAUGUUGUGGUGGACGCUGAGGGUGAAUGGGCGGACGAAACAGAGAUUCCGUUAAGUGGCAUGCCAAUGAUUCACGACAUGAGCCUCACGGCGAAUUAUGUGGUGAUCUACGACCUACCCGUUACCUUGAGUUUCAUGGCCCUGGGCACCGGCGCGUCCUUCCCCUUCCGCUGGGAUGACGAACAUGAACCCCGCAUCGGCCUGAUGCCACGCAACGGCGAUGCCAGUGACAUCAUCUGGUCGCCCAUAACCGCUAACUACGCUUAUCACCCGAUGAAUGCAUACGAAGAUGCAGCCGGUAACGUCGUCAUAGAUAUUUGUCGCUACGACAAAAUGUUCGACAACGAUAUAAACGGACCGUUUGGAGACAGCCUGCCGCGCCUGGACCGCUGGACGGUCAACCCGAACACCCGCAAAGUGAGCGAAACCGUUGUGGAUGCGCGCACCCAGGCAGACAAAGUGCAGAACCCGUAUUUGUUCCUCGGCAAGGGGCAACAGAUGAAGAUGACGGCUACCUGA